GUAGGAGCAAGCAACCCACGCACCACCCACCCCUCUCUCCAGAAGCUCGCCGCCGCCAUCAUGAGGAACAGGGCUACUACACCCUUGAAGACACCGAAAAUCCGGCAAUCAUGGAGCAAAUAUAACCUGUAUAACCUCAGUCGGCUGAGGGACGUCUACCGCCCAAACGCCACCUUCUUCCAGCAGAAAUGGAAGGCCAAGGCCGCCGCUCGCGCCUACCACGGGGAACAGGUCUCCGAGAAGCAAUGGCAGCGCAUGUUCUCCCCCCGCUUGCGCAGCGUCGUGCCCAUGGCCCCCAGCAAUUUGGCCCGAGAUGACGGUUCCGCCAUGUCGGCCGGCCGUGGGUCCGGUCUGACGAAGGCCCCGCAACCGGAAGAGAUGGAGGAUUUUGAGGUGUAUGAGGAGGAUGCCGGGGCUGACAAGCCUAGGGAGAAGUUUCGGGGGUCUCGGGCGUCUUACACGGGUGAGAGAACAACGCCUUACGUUCAAAUGACGUUCGCCCCGUUGGAGCGUCGCCUCGACACGGCUAUCUUCCGUGCCAUGUUUGCGAGCAGCGCGAGACAGGCCCGGCAGUUUGUGGUGCACGGUGCCGUCAAGGUCAAUGGCAAGCCGAUGAGAUUCCCCGGCUACCUACUCAAUCCCGGCGAUAUGUUCCAGGUUGAACCUGAGCGCGUCAUGUAUGCCACCGGUGCGCCCAAAGACAAGGUGGAACGACGACAAACCCGAGUGGCCCGCAAGAAGGCGGCCGAGGAGGCCAAGAAGGCCGAGGAGGCUGCGGAGGAAGCCGCGGAGGAGGCUGAGGAGGCUGCGGAGGCUACCAAGGCGGAAUCGGCGCCGUUGGAGGCCCCCCGCAAGACCCUCAGGGCGCUCAUGUCUAAGGCUAAGGCCAUCAUGAAUAGCAGCAAGGACGUGCUCCCGGCCAAGCGCAAGCAGGAUCUGCGUGGAUUCCAGAGAGCCGUUCGUCGGGUAUUGUCCCGCUCGGGAAACAGCUCGGUUUUGACUGCCAACCUCGAGGAGCAGUUCUCCGAGCUGACGACUCUUCUCAAGGUCAAGCGCGCCGAGAAGAAGCCCCAGAAGGCAGAAAAGACGGAGGUGGAGGCUAAGGCUGAGGGGUCUGCUACCGAGAAGUCCGAGUCCGAGGCUGCUACCACGAAGGCAGGCGAGAACGGCCCCAUCACUACUCAGCUGUCUGAGGCGUUCCGUCAGGCCAUCCAGAACCCGGAGAAAGAGGUGGACACAUCGGAACUCUCAGACGAGGAGUUCGAGGUGCUGCGCCGGGCGCUCGUCCAGAUGCGCGACAACCCGGUGGAUAGCACCAAGCCCUAUGCCACCCCCUGGAGGCCGCGUGACUACAUGAGUGCGUUUGCCACGAUCCCCCGUUACUUGGAGGUCAAUCACAACAUAUGCGCUGCUGUGUAUCUGCGCCACCCCGUGGCUCGUCCUGGCUUCGGUGAGGUGCCGACGCCAUUCGGCGAGAUGGUCAACAAUCCGGCGUUUGUGUGGUACUUGAGACGGCGGUAG